GGGGGCGUGGUGCAGCCAGUCUCUUUGCGGAGUAAGAUGGCGGCGGCGGCCGCGCUACGGAGCGGCUCCCGGGCUGCGGGGCGCCUGAUCCGUGUUUGCCAUACUAGAUCGUACAGCAGUGUUCGCUUUCUGAAGUCAAAAUACGUGUAUGCAUUUGACAAAUCUGCCUUUUUUAAUCAUCAACACAGAUUGUUCAGAACAUCUGCUAUUUCAAAUGGCCAAAUUGUCCAAUUUAAGCUUUCUGAUAUUGGAGAAGGGAUUACAGAGGUAACUGUGAAGGAAUGGUAUGUAAAAGAAGGUGAUAGCGUAUCUCAGUUUGAUAGCAUCUGUGAAGUACAAAGUGACAAAGCUUCAGUUACUAUCACUAGUCGUUAUGAUGGAAUUAUUAGAAAACUCUAUUAUAAUCUAGAUGAAAUUGCUUAUGUUGGAAAACCAUUAGUGGACAUAGAAACUGAUGUCUUGAAAGAUGUAGCCCCAGAAGAGGAUGUUGUUGAAACACCUGCUGUGUCUCAUGAAGAACACACACAUCAAGAAAUAAAGGGACAUAAAACCCUAGCAACCCCUGCAGUUCGCCGUCUUGCCAUGGAAAAUAAUAUUAAACUGAGUGAAGUUGUUGGAACAGGGAAAGAUAACCGAAUCCUUAAAGAAGACAUUCUCAAUUAUUUGGCCAAGCAGACGGGAGCUAUUUUACCUCCAUCGCCAAAAUCUGAGAUUAUCCCACCAUUACCAAAACUAGAGACUGCACCAGCUGCUCGAAAGGAUAAAGCACAUACAAUUCCUGUACCUAUUUCAAAACCCAUUGUGUUUACAGGAAAAGAUAAGAUUGAGCCCAUAACAGGAUUUCACAAGGCGAUGGUGAAGACCAUGAGUGCUGCUUUGAAGAUUCCUCACUUUGGUUACUGUGAUGAGAUUGAGUUGAAUCAACUCGUGCAGUUGAGAGAAGAGUUGAAACCUCUAGCACAGGCUUGUGGAGUUAAACUCUCCUUUAUGCCUUUCUUCAUAAAGGCAGCUUCUCUGGCCUUAUUGCAUUAUCCUGUUCUUAACACUUCUGUGGAUGAAAACUGUCAAAAUAUCACAUACAAGGCUUCUCACAAUAUUGGAAUUGCUAUGGACACAGAACAAGGCUUGAUUGUUCCUAAUGUGAAAAGUGUGCAGGUCCGUAGUGUGUUUGAGAUUGCCUCUGAAUUAAAUCGCCUGCAGUCCUUGGGUUCUUCAGGCCAACUGGGAACAAUUGACCUCACUGGGGGAACAUUCACUCUCUCAAAUAUUGGCACAAUUGGUGGUACCUAUGCCAAACCAGUGAUACUACCUCCUGAAGUUGCUAUUGGAGCUCUUGGGAAGAUACAGGUCCUGCCCCGAUUUAAUGGGAAAGGUGAAAUAUUUAAAGCACAGAUAAUGAACGUGAGCUGGUCGGCUGAUCAUCGUAUUAUUGAUGGAGCUACAAUGGCCCGUUUUUCUAAUUUAUGGAAAUCCUAUUUGGAGAACCCUGCUUCCAUGCUGCUAGAUCUUAGAUAAAGAAAACUAAUGACAUAAUGUGUCUUUAAACUUUGGGGAUUGAAAUGAACAUUAUCAGAGCUAGCUAUGCUAGUACAUGUCCUUUGCUACUUCUCAUACUAUAUGAUUAUGUUACAUAGUUGAAAGGUUUCAAACACCUAUGUCAAUCUAUCAGUAACCUGUUACAUACUUUUUAAUCUAAUUGAGUAGUACUACAAGUUACUCUACAUCAGACUGUCAAACUGAAUAGGUUUUGGCGUGCCUUUUAAAUAUGGUGGUGGGAAGUUAUGAAUGUCCAACUCUGAUUACAUGUGCUGACUUCUGCUGAACUGACAUUAUCGACUGACAGUUUUCUGUACAUCUGCAAUACUUUUAAACUGCAUAGAAAGGAAAUAGUUACAGUUAUUCCUGGGUAGACAUAUGAGUUUAUUUUAACAAAGUAAAAGGAGUAUCACCAAGUUCCUAAAAGAAAUUAUGCAAAAAUUAAUGUGCAAAUAAAAUGCCUUUAUGCUCCCAUUGUAGAUGUCCAAUAAACUUUUUUUAAUGGUGCUAGCUUUUCCUCUCUUCAUCUUUCUUUAACUGUCUUGCACCUGGGGGGUUCUUAGCCCAGGUGCUCUAUAUCCAGUGGCAAGGGAGUUGUCAGCAUCCUUAAUGAUUGGCUUAGUGCACAAUUUGAAAAUAUUUACGGGCAUCCAACAGCUCUCUUUAGAACUUUUUUUUUCUUUUUAUAGCACACUCCUUUGGGUUGAAAGUAUUUACAGUUGCUUAAAUACUCCUCUUACUAGAAAUUUUUCUUUUGAGAAGCCACUGCCUAUGAAAGGCUGUCAUGAUUAAGUAUCCUAUUAGUUGUUAGGUUAUGGUAAUCAUAAACAAUGUGACAAGUGCAGGUACCAUGGUGUGAGAGACUGAUGUGAUACAGAAGCAGAAUUAAUGUUAAUAGAGCAUCUGGCUUAAAUUAAUCAUCUCUAAAUUCAGAUGUAAAUAAGAUGGCAGAUAAGAUUCACUUCCAGAACAGGGAGCAAACAAAAAGGGUGGUGAAGAUGGGAAGCACUUAUUGGGAAAUGAGAUACAAAGGCAACUGUUGUGCAUACAGACUUUUCAGAGAACCUGAAGUUGCCAGAAUAAUGCAGGAAAAAGUCAUGCACACAACAGUAUUAAUUUGAGGGACAAAAAUGGAGAUUUUGUAAGAGAUUCAUCUCUUUUCUGGAGGAUAAAUAGUGGCCAAAUAUCCUUGCAGCUGAGGUCCCGAGUUGGUAGACCAAAGUUACCUGCAAGCAAGGGAUCCUAAGAAGCAAGGGAGUAUGGUGCAAGAUGCAUGAAACCAGAGGCAGAAUCUCUGGUGUACUAGCAUAACUAGGACAGGGUGAUGAGGAUGUGGAGUGGGAGGGAGAA